UUGCUAGAAAAAGACACCAUUUACCAAAGCUUAUUAGUGUUUGUUCUGUCGUCAAAGCCAAGACGGUCUUUAGUGGGAUAACUGCGUAAUCAAUCUAUUUCUUCUUCGCAAUGGCCAAAUCUGCAGCGAAAGCCGCUGUGGAUCCAAAUGUCCUCGAAAUGGAUCAAAUAGCCGAGACCGAGCUACAACGGCUACAGAAACAAGUAAAAUUAAAUUUGAAAGCCGAGUGUUUUCUUGUGAAAAUUCGGUUCUAUUUCCGCCAAAUCAUUUUUUAGUUGAGAAAAAUGGAAAAGGACCGUGUCACAUACAUCGAAGACAAGAAAUGCAAACAAGUGAAAAAGAGUAAAAUUAUUGAAAUGCUAAAAAUGGAACGGAUAAAUUUGAGAGAUCAAUUGAAUUCAUACGAGCAGGGUCCGUUUGCUAAGAAGACUACAGAAAACGAAAAGAAACUAAAAGUGUUAAUGGAACAAAAAGACGACGUUCAAAAGAAAUUCGAUGAACAAAAGGUUAAUUUAUGGGAACUCGAAGGGCACAUCAAGAAGUUGGAAAAGGAGUUACAAAAGGUGCAAGAAAAUCAAAUGACUGAAAAAAAGUACAAAGAAGAAAUAUUUAAGGCGCAAGCCGACAUAUACAAAUUGGAAAAUCAACUGGACGUUGUCAACAAAAAGUGUGGCGAGGUAAUGGCAAAAAAUGCUAGUCUGAGAGAAGUUAUCGACCAUAUUUUACUGGAAAGGGCAAAUUUUAAUGAAAUGUGGCAGAAGAUAGUACUAAAGUUGGAGCAGGGGAAAAAGUAUAUCGUUGAACUGAUUGACCAAUCAACAACAGCAUACGAUCAGCGCGAGGAAAUCUGCAACAAAAUCCAAAAUUUGAAAGAAAAGGGACAGACCGAAGGUACCGUUCAUCUGCAGGAAAUGAGAGAACUUCAGCGGAAAUUGGAUCACGACGCAAAGUUACAACAAUUUUUCGGAAUCAAAGGGCAGCGACGCACGAAUGUCGACUUGGAAAUUCGUGAAGCGAAUAAAAAGGUUCAAGUUCAAGAGCAGCUCGAACAUCAAAUAAACAAUUAUCAGAAUAUACUCGAUAACAUUAAAACUCUGUCAGGUGAAACGCAAAUAGCGAACCUUACGUCGUAUUUCUCGAAGCAGGAAGAGGAAAAUUUUGCGUUGUUUAACUACGUCAAUGAGCUGAGCUACGAGGUGGAAACGUUAAACGAGUCGGUGCAAUUGAUACAGGAUGACAUUGACAAACAGAAAGGCGAAAUGGAAUCUAAGGAAAAAUCCCAACUGGAGACAAUCGAAACACUCGAACAGGAAUGUGUAUUGAGUAAAGAAAAGGUGAAGCUUUCCACAUUAAGUCGACACCAAAAAUUCUCUCUGACUUUCAACCGUCAUACAUCAGGCGGACGAAGCUACACAAAUGCAACUCAAAAUCGAAAUCGAACUGGAUCAAUUGCUGCACGGUGUCGAGCAAAUAUUUGGACUUAUUCGUUGCGGCGAUGCACCAAUUUUGGAAUUGUUAAAAACGCAAAAGGUCAUCACACCGUACAACGUGAAACUGUUUUUAGGCAUCAUCAAACGGCAAACGAAUCAAAUAAUAAACCGAGUGCAUGUCACCGAGCCGCCGGUGAAAAUACUGGCGAAAAAAGAUCGCAUCCCGAAGUUUAAUAUAAAAGACAAAUGAUUGGAUUGAUG